GGAAUGGAAACCCACCAAAGCAACCUAGCCUUUGAGAAUAGAGUGAUCAUAAGAAGAGAGAGUAUAUCUGGAUUCUGCGAAGAAAGCAGCCGGCAAGCUAAGAAGGGAGCGUAAUGGGUGAAGCAUUGUUUGACCUUGAACAAGUUCUCAUGUCCAAGAAGGAAAUAUUGACACCUCAGGAGGCGGAUAUUCUUCUAUCAUGCAAAUCUAAAUCUUUGAGAGAUUUCACUGCUGGUGCACUUGCUGCGGGCACAGCUGCAUGGGCUGCAACUUGGAAACUCAGUAAACCAUUUCGAAUCAACCUUUCGGCAGGAGCUGGUGCUUUCUGUGGACUGUGGAUGUUAAGUAGAUCCUUGUAUUCUUGUGCAGAUCAGAUUCUUACAAUGGAUGGUAGUAUAUUACAAAAGGAGUUAGCGAAUAUAAUGGUGACAAAGUACCAGAGUGAUCCUUCGCUGAUGCAGCUUAUAUCUAAGCAUUUCUACUCGGAGAGGAUUUUUGAUGAUUCAACCUCUAAUAAUCCUAAAUUAAGAUGGAGAUACCGGAAUUUCUUUAGCGAUAAUGCAGUCCAUGGUCAUAGGACACAUGAUCGUGAAUCUAAUGACAAAUCCCAAGAGCACUCCCAUAAUGAUUCCAAUGACAAAUCCCUAGGCUGGUCUGAAAAUGUCACCCACAGCAAAAGAACAAAUCUUGAGACCAAGCGUACUUUUGAAAACGCUGAUAUUAUGUCGGAGGGUGACCCUCUUGAUUGUCUUUUUAGUUAUGCUCCUCCGGUGGAAGAUAUUCAUCAUUCAAAUUCCCCAAAUAAACCAUCAGGAAUACAUAAUCGGGCUCGUAGAAGAUCUCACCGUAGGCGUCGGAUGCGUAAUCAUGAUGACCUUUCAAAUUCUGAGUCUGCAGCAGCUAUUUGACUGCCAUUUAACAUUUGCAGAAGUUGAUGUUAGAAUUAUGCAAAUUGUGGGUGUAUGUUUUUUUACUAACGUUCAGAUCAGUGAUCAGUCCCCUUCUUUUCAAACAACAUUGCAGAAAGGAACAGUGUCACUAGUAUGUUAAUUGCCAUUUACUAUGUCACAGAUUAUUAUGCAUUUGACUUUCUCAGGGUUUGUUAUGUUUUUCUUGAUUCAUUUCAUACUUCACGAGUCAGAAAGUGUAUCUGAUUUAAAGUCUGUAAGUUGUAAGAUAAAAGUUUAUAAGCUAAUUCAUUGAAGUA